AUGGCCGAACAAAAAGCACCAACAAAACCAGAAAAGAAGCCGGUGACGGGCGACUACGACCUCUCAACGCCCAUCGACCCCAACUCCACGGGCCUGCGCCAGGGCCUGACGUCCUACGGCGACGCGCACUUCUCGCUCUUCCUGCGCAAGGUCUUCAUCAAGGCCCUGGGAUACAGCGAGGACGCGCUCUCGCGGCCCAUCGUCGGCAUCGUCAACACGUACUCGAGCUUCAACCCGUGCCACGCCAACGUGCCGCAGCUGAUCGAGGCCGUGAAGCGCGGGGUGCAGCUCAACGGCGGGCUGGCGAUCGACUUCCCCACCAUCAGCAUCGCCGAGAGCUUUGCGUCGCCGACGAGCAUGUAUCUGAGGAAUUUGAUGAGCAUGGACACGGAGGAGAUGAUCAAGGCGCAGCCGUGCGAUGCUGUUGUUCUCAUUGGAGACUGCCGCAACAACUGGGCGGCAUACAGAGCCGGAAAGAUCGACAUUGAAGACAUCUCAGCCAUCAAUGAUGAGCUUGCGCCGACAGGAGGAACAUGCGGCGUCAUGGGAACAGCCUCGACAAUGGCCUGUAUCCUAGUCGGCUUAGGCAUGAUGCCCUUCGCAGGCGCAACAGCCCCAGCCGUAUCCUCAGCGCGCCUCCGCAUCGCCGAGCAGACCGGCGGCCUCGCCGUGGCCCUGCACCAGAAGCGUCUCAAGCCCCAGGAGCUCCUCACCCGCGAGUCGUUCCUGAACGCCAUCACCGUCCUUCAGGCCAUCGGCGGCUCGACCAACGCCGUCGUGCACCUCCUCGCCAUCAUCGGGCGCCACCCUACCGUGGCCGGGACCAUCACCCUCGACACCAUCGACGAGAUCGGGCGCAAGACGCCGCUGAUCGUCGACCUGAAGCCUAGCGGCGACAACUACAUGACCGACUUCCAUAACUCGGGCGGCAUGCUGGCUUUGUUGCACGAGAUUAAGCCGCUUUUGUACCUGGACGCGAUGACGGUAACGGGGAAGACGCUGGGCGAGGAGUUGGCGACGACACCGUUUAUUCCUGUUCCGAGGGAUAGCUUGGUGAAUUGUCUGCAGCCAUUUAACGAGCCGCUGUAUCCGGCUUCCGCUCUGGCUGUUCUCCGUGGAAACAUUGCUCCCGGCGGUGCUGUGAUCAAGCAGAGCGCUUCAAAGUACCGCCACCUCUUGAAGCAUUCUGGCCCCGCGGUCGUCUUUGCUGGGUCUGCGGACCUUGCCCUCCGGAUCGACGACCCAGAUCUGCAGGUCACGCCUGAUAGUGUUCUUGUAUUGCAAAACAUCGGCCCCGUGGGAAACCCAGGAAUGCCAGAGGCGGGACUAAUUCCCAUUCCCCGAAAGCUUGCGGCUCAAGGAGUGCAAGACAUGCUGCGCUUGUCGGAUGGUAGAAUGAGCGGUACUGCGGGCGGAACUAUCGUGCUACACAUCUCGCCGGAAGCUGCAGACCCAGAGUCGGUGUUGGGUAUCGUAAGAGACGGAGAUAUCAUCACCUUUGACGCAGAGAAACGAGUCAUCAAGGUUGAAAUCUCAGACGAGGAGAUUCGCCGGAGGAUAGACGAGAAGCUUCAAGCUUUGGAGAAGGAGGAGGCUAAUGGCGGCAGCAAGGCGCCGUGGAUGGCAAAGAAACGUAUUAGGGGCUACCGAGGUCUGUACCUGCGCGAAGUCAAUCAGGCCGAGGGCGGAGCGGACUUUGAUUUCCUUACAGCGCAUGGUCCAUCAUAA